AUGAACACAAUGCAAAAUGCAAAAAACUUGGAAGGGAAGAAAACUACAGGCAACUCCCAAUUAGAGAGAAACAGUGAAGCCGAGUGCAAGAAUACCCACUUGAGAGGACAAGUGAACUGGAGCACCCCUGAAGAGUAUUCAGAUUAUACAGAGUCCACGAGCACUCUGGAUUACGACGAUGCCUUACCGUGCUCGAUGCAGGAUGUGCGCAACUUCACAAAGACAUUCCUCCCCGUCGCGUACUCUCUGAUAAGUGUCUUUGGCCUAGUAGGUAACGUCUUGGUAGUCAUAACCUUCGCCUUCUACAAGAAAGUGAAAUCCAUGACCGACGUGUAUCUCUUCAACAUGGCCAUCACCGACAUAUUGUUUGUCCUCACUCUGCCCUUCUGGGCAGUGAAUCACGCCACGGGGUCGUGGAUCUUCAGCAAUUUUAUAUGCAAACUGACUUCGGGCAUCUACGCCAUCAACUUCAAUUGUGGUAUGCUCUUCCUGGCCUGCAUUAGCAUGGACAGAUACGUCGCUAUAGUGCAGGCCACAAAGUCCCUCAGACUGCGAGCCAAAUCAUUCAAGUUUCGGAUGAGAACUUUGGCAUACAGUAAAGUGAUCUGUUCGGUGAUCUGGAUGUUUUCCAUCAUCAUCUCCGGAGCCACUUUCGUAUUCAGCCAAAGGUACCAAAUGCAAGGAAAAUACAUCUGUGAACCAAAAUACCAGGUAGUCUCGGAGGCGAUCACCUGGAAAUUGCUCAUUUUAGGGCUGCAGCUUCUGUUUGGCUUCUUUAUUCCACUGCUGUUCAUGAUCUUCUGCUACACGUUCAUCGUCAAAGCCUUAGUUGAAGCCCAGAAUUCAAAGAGACGUCAAGUGAUCCGGGUGAUCAUUGCAGUGGUGGUCACCUUCUUAGUUUUCCAAGUGCCAUAUAAUAUGGUUCUCCUCCUCAAUGCCGCCAAUUUGGGCAAGUUGAACAGAACUUGCAAGAGUGAGCAGCAGAGAGCCUAUGCGAGGAAUAUCACCCAAGUUCUGGCUUUUCUGCACUGUUGCCUCAACCCAGUCCUGUACGCUUUCAUCGGGCAGAACUUUCGCAACUACUUUGUGAAGAUCAUGAAGGAUCUGUGGUGCGUGGACAGGAAACCCAAACCAGGGACCCCCUCCUGUCCCCGAAAAUACUCCGAUACCUGUAUCUCUAGACAGACAAGUGAAAUUGCUGACAGUGAUAACGCAUCAUCUUUUACUAUGUGA